AGCGUCGGAAUGAACCAUUUUGAGUUUGCUUGCUUCAUCUUUCUCUGUGGGCUUUCUCUAGCAUUCAUUACUUCUUCCACGCCCUCUAAACUCUAAACGAUACUGAGAUAGACAUGGCUGGUGGUGGCCGUGACAGCCAAAAGGCAGAUGAACUGCAGCCACACCCUGUGAAAGAGCAACUACCUGGCGUUCAGUAUUGUGUUAACAGUCCUCCUCCGUGGCCGGAAGCUGUAGUGUUGGGUUUCCAGCAUUAUCUUUUAACUUUGGGUACCACCAUUUUGAUUCCAAGUAUGAUUGUUCCUCAAAUGGGAGGUGAUAAUCUUGACAAAGCUAUGGUGAUACAGACAUUCCUUUUUGUUUCUGGAUUAAGCACACUCUUGCAGUCUCUAUUUGGGACCCGAUUACCAGCUGUGGUAGUGGGUUCAUAUUCAUAUAUAAUUCCAAUAACUUCGAUUGUUGUCGCCGAUAGAUAUAAUGCAGUCACAGACGCACAUGAGAAGUUCAUUCACACAAUGAGAGGUAUACAGGGUGCUCUAAUUGCAAGUGCAUGCUUCCAAAUGGUCAUAGGUUUCCUGGGUUUGUGGAGAAAUGCUAUUAGGUUUCUUAGCCCUCUUUCAGUUGUUCCCUUCAUAACAUUUGCUGGACUUGGGCUUUAUCGCCUUGGUUUCCCCACGCUGGCAAAAUGUGUUGAAGUUGGGCUUCCAGAGUUGAUCGUCUUCGUUUUCAUCUCACAGUACCUUCCUCAUUAUAUACAAGCAAGGGUACAAAGAUGUGAUAGAUAUUCAGUGCUGUUGUCGGUUGCAAUUGUAUGGUUAUAUGCUCAACUUCUGACAUCAAGUGGAGUAUACAACCACAAACCUAUCAAUACUCAACUUUGUUGCCGUACUGAUCGUGCUGGACUUGUUGGUGCAGCUCAUUGGAUAUAUAUUCCAUAUCCAUUUCAAUGGGGUAGCCCUACUUUUAAUGCAGGGGAUGUUUUUGCAAUGAUGGCUGCUUCUUUUGUUUCUCUUUUCGAGUCCACUGGUAUAUUUUUUGCUACAGCAAGAUAUGGGGGUGCCACACCUGUACCACCUUCUGUUAUUAGUCGUGGUGUUGGCUGGCUGGGUGUAGGGGCAUUACUAAAUGGCAUGUUCGGUUGUCUAACAGGCACAACUGCAUCUGUGGAAAAUGCUGGUCUAUUAGCGUUGACAAGAGUUGGUAGUCGGAGAGUCAUCCAAAUAUCAGCAGGGUUCAUGAUUUUCUUCUCUGUAUUUGGAAAAUUUGGAGCUUUUUUUGCUUGUGUACCACUGCCAAUCCUGGCUGCCAUAUACUGUGUUUUAUUUGGUUAUGUUGCUUCUGCAGGUCUCAGUUUUCUCCAAUUCUGUAACUUGAACAGUUUUAGGACAAAAUUUAUACUUGGCUUCUCUUUCUUCUUGGGAAUUUCAGUACCACAAUAUUUCAGAGAAUAUUUUCAAAUAGAAUCGACAUCUGGGCAUGUUCAUGGUAGUGGUCGAUGGUUUGAGGACGUACUAACUGUCAUUUUCAUGUCCCACACUACGGUGGCUGCUAUUGUUGCCAUGAUCUUGGAUUCCACACUUACCCGAGAAAAUGAUCCAAAUGGGAAGGACAGUGGCUUGCAUUGGUGGAAGAAGUUUAGCUUAUAUGGUUCAGAUGUUAGAAAUGAUGAAUUCUAUGCAUUGCCAUGCAGAUUGAAUAAGUUUUUCCCAUCCCUUUAAGAAUUUUUUGCUUCCUUCUUUUUCUAGUCAAGAAAAGCAAGAAUUUAAAAAGACCAUUUCUUUGGUUUUGUACUUCUCGGCGUUUACAUUGUUUCAAAAUUCCAUCCACAGAGAAAAGUUUGAUUGCGUUUGAAUGUCAAAUAUAGAUUUUAACU